CAAAGAAGUUGAAAACCAAAACCCUAAACUCCCCCCUCUCUCUCUCUCUCUCUCACUCCCGCCGUCGGCCCCUCCUCCGCCUCCGUCUUGGCCGUCGUUGCAGCCUCGAGAUCUGCUGCCGGUCGCAGCGCCGCAUCUAGAUUGGCCUCCGCCUUCAGUCGUUGUCGGCCCCUCCGUCUCCGUCUUCGGUGCUCGUCGCCGCCUCGAGAACUGCCGCGGGUCGUCGCCGCCUCCGCCUCCGCCUCCUCCUCUGCCGCGGGUCGUCGUCGCCUUGGAGUUUUUUUUGCAGAGACUGGGAAAAGAUGCCGCUGGGGCUAAUUUUAGGUUUGGGAAGGUCGUGGAGAAGAAAGCGAACAUCGUCGCUUGACAUUCUCUCUUCAAAGCGGGGUCCACGGGACUACUACAAGGGGAAGAACUGCAAGCCUACUGGUUUCCAUACACGCAAAGGUGGAUAUGUUGUGCUGGAUGAAAAACUACCAAACUAUGUUGUUCCUGACUUAACCGACUUCAAGCUAAAGCCAUAUGUUUCUCAGUGCCCAAUAGAGGUUACAACUGCUGAUUCUGCCGAAGCUGCCAAAUAAAGUCAAAUACUGCUUCUUUUCCUUUUUGUAGUCUUUAGGUAUUUCUUUUCCUUGCUCUACAACCAUAAAGGACAUGCAAAUGUUAUUUAGAAUAAAAGAAGUACAAGAAAUUUGAAUAUUUCGUUUCA